AUGAGCUCCGCUGCUCUGCUCGUCUCGCUCCUCUUUCUCGGUCAGCUGGCACGCGCGCAGACCGCCGACGAAGACUUCGAAGUGGUGCUCUUGCCGACGGAAUGGAGUGCCGGCGACGCGACGGUGCCGCUGAGAUUCUCGGCGUUCGGCCAGACCGUGGAACUGCUGCUGAGGAGGAACGAGCGGCUGCUGGCGCCGAGCUUCGAGCUUUGGACGAGCGAGCGCAACCGAUCCAGUCGAGUGGACGACCGCGCCAAACGCCUCCCGUGUCACUAUCUUCACGAAAAUUCGCGCAGCAGUGCAGCCGUCAGCCUGUGCGAGGACGGGUCAGUGCGAGGAUUGAUUUUUCUGGAGAACGACGGCCUCGAGAUAAGGCCGCUAAGCGAGGAGGAGACGGCGAGUCGAGCGGAGGCAAGACCGCGCUCGCUGGGCAGGCCGCACGCGAUAAGCCGGCGACGGGUUCCCUCGCUUCGGGGAGGCGGACGCGCGCUGGACCGGGUGCGGCUCGGAAGGUUGCCCCGACGCCAAGAAGGCCCGUCGAGACGCGACGAAGCUAGCAACCAAACUCUGACCAUCGAACUGGCUCUGUUCUUGGACGAGGCCGGCUACAAGAGCUUCGAGCCGCACUUCUCCGGCGACGAGGGCAAGCUGCGGGACCUGCUGCUGGCCUACGUGAACAACAUCCAGGCGCUGUACCACCACCCGAGCUUGGGCCGGCGCAUCGACCUGGCGCUGGUGCGGCUCGAGCUGAUGCGCAGCCAGCCGCGGCGGCUGGCCGGGCUGGACGGCGAGCGCGACGAGGUGCUCGAGGCCUUCUGCCAGUACGCCGAGGGCCUGAACCCCGCGGCCGACGAGGACCCCCAGCACUGGGACAUGGGCCUGUACGUCUCGGGGCUGGACCUGUACGCGGCCGAGCGGGGCGCGCGCGACCACGCGACCAUGGGUCUGGCGCCCGUGGGCGGCGUCUGCUGGGCCAGGUACGCCUGCGCGAUCGCCGAGUUCGGCGUGGGCGGCCAGGCCGGCCGGGCCUUCCCCUCGGCGGGCUUCGCCGCGGUCUACGUCGCCGCCCACGAGAUGGCCCACAACCUGGGCAUGCACCACGACUCCGCGGGCAACGGCUGCCCCGCGGACGGCUACAUCAUGUCGCCCAGCCGCGGCCUCAGCGGCGAGACGCACUGGUCGGGCUGCAGCCGCGAGGUCGCGCGCUCGCUGGCCGCGGGCAAGCCCUGCCUGCUGGACCGCGCGGGCGUGGACCCCGGGCUGGAGGCCCACCGGCACCUGGACCACCGCGGCCGCUUCGGCCAGCUGCCGGGCCGCCGCUGGACGGCCAAGCGCCAGUGCGAGCUGCUGCUGCGCGACCGCGCGGCCCUCGCCGCCGACUGCGAGGCGGCGGACUGCUGCGGCGCGCUGCGCUGCCGGGCGCCCGGGCGCGCGGGCGUGCGCCUGGCCGGGCCCGCGCUCGACGGCACGCGCUGCGCCGAGGGCAGGGAGUGCCGCGCCGGCGAGUGCCUGCCGCCGCGGGACCACCGGUGCGAGGCGACGACGGCGGCGACGGCGGCGGCGACCGCGGCGACGGCCCUCGGCUGGAGCGAGUGGCGCGAGGGCGGCUGCGAGAGCGGCUGCAUCCGCGGCUCGCGGGGCUUUGUCGAGCGCCGGCGCAGCUGCCUGGACGGGGCCGCCGGGUGCGCGGGCCCGAGCCGCGUCGUGGCGCUGUGCGCGGACCGCGGGGCGUGCGAGGGCAGGUCGCGCCGGCGGCUGAGCGCGCGGGAGCACGCCGGACUGCGCUGCUCGGAGCUCGGCGCCCGCGGCCUCGGCGCGGUCGACGGGGGCGCCGGCGGGCUGCAGGCGGCCCACGAGCCCGCCAGGCCCUGGCUCGCGUGCGCGCUGUUCUGCAGGCACGAGCGCGUGGCGGCCUACUUCCCCCCGCGGACGCAGCUGGAGGCGCUCGGCCUCGACCCCUACUUCCCGGACGGCACGUGGUGCCACCGGCAGGACGGCCGGGACUACUUUUGCCGGGAGCACCGCUGCCUGCCGGAGGACUUCGGAUUCAACGAGGCGAACUCGCCGCACGAGGACCAGCCGCUGCAGCCAGUCGCGAUCGAGCGCCACUCGGGCGGACGAGCGCUCGGCCGAGACGAGGAUACCUGGCUCGACUCCAAGGACUACGCCGCCGGCUCGGCCGCGUGA